UUCUUUGAAAGCUUCGGCAGCCAAUGGAAUUUUACAUAUGUCUUCAGUUCGGCGCAGCUUGAGUGUUUUCUUUUUGCCGGAGUUUCCAGCGCCGCGUUAAGAAUGUUAAGCCGAAUUCGCAACCGAGAAAACCUCAAGUGAGUUCCCGUGUGAAAUUCAACGCUUCCUUCGUCGUGUACGGGGUGCAUCCAGCUUUUCUUUCUGAAGUGUCGAAGUGCGCAUGUCAACAGUACGCCAUUUUUGAUCUGUGUUGGGGUCGGAAGGGCGUCUAUUGCGGUGAAUAAACUGGACAAGAAGCCGUCCAUUUCGGAAGAAAAACGACGCCAAGCAAUUUUGUACUUACUUCCACUUGAAAAUUAUGCUGAGAUAUGUAGACGUGGCAGGAGUGCCAUGGGUAGGACGGGCUGCGAGCGCCGACCUGUAGGGAGCCCCCCUGGGGGACUGCAGCCCCGGUAGUGGGCACUGCCAGCCCCCCACCCUCCCUCCUGCUCGGAGGAAGGACCCAGCAGCAUGCCGUCCUUCUCGCGCCUCGGGAACCUCAAGGACCCCGAGCUGGCCGAGCUGUUCGACAAGGAUGAUCCCGACAAGAUCUUUGUGGACCUCCGUGAGAUUGGCCACGGCAGUUUUGGGGCGGUCUAUUACGCCCGGAACGUCACGACCAAAGAAGUCGUGGCCAUCAAAAAGAUGUCAUUUACAGGCAAACAGUCAACGGAGAAAUGGCAAGACAUUGUCAAAGAAGUGCGGUUCCUGCGCCAGUUAAAGCACAAGAACACAAUAGACUACAAAGGCUGUUAUUUAAAAGAGCACACUGCCUGGCUUGUUAUGGAGUACUGUCUCGGAUCUGCAUCAGAUAUCAUUGAAGUUCACAAAAAGCCUCUGCGGGAGGAGGAGAUCUCUGCAAUAUGCAAGGAUGCCUUGCAAGGUCUGGAGUACCUGCAUUCACUUGGCCGCAUACAUAGAGACGUCAAAGCUGGCAACAUCCUUCUCACCGAAAACGGCACAGUCAAGCUUGCGGACUUUGGCUCGGCUUCCAUGAUCAGCCCGGCCAACUCCUUUGUGGGCACGCCGUAUUGGAUGGCACCCGAGGUUAUCUUAGCCAUGGAUGAAGGCCAAUAUGACGGGAAGGUGGACGUCUGGUCCCUGGGGAUCACGUGCAUUGAACUGGGUGAGCGGAAGCCUCCCUAUUUCAACAUGAAUGCCAUGAGUGCCUUGUACCAUAUCGCCCAGAAUGACUCGCCCACACUUAGUGGAGGGGAAUGGUCGGACGUCUUCAGGCAUUUUGUAAAUUCCUGCCUUCAGAAGAACCCUGCAGACAGGCCCACAGCCGUCAACUUAUUACAGCAUCCGUUCAUGACGCGGCCACGCUCAGGCAAGGUAAUAGUAGACCUAAUCCAACGGACAAAGGCAGCAGUUCGGGAGCUGGACAACCUCAACUACCGCAAGAUGAAAAAAAUUCUCAUGAUUGACUCGCAAGAGAACAACGAGGCCAUUGCAGUGGAAGCCGAGGAUGACUCGACGGAGGACGAUCAAGUGAGCACGGGUGGCAACGGUGGUGGCAGUGCGGGCAAUGGCGGGGGCGAGGGCAGCAAGAGCAGUAGCCUGCGCUCCAACCAGAGCCAGCAGAGCAGCAGCAAUGUGAGCGCGGGCAGCCACAGCAGCAGCACCAGCAGCCUGCCCCCAGCGUCCGAGAUGGACUCCUACCCGCCCUCCUCAUUCCGACAUCCGCGGGACAGCAAUUCGUCGUCGACCAGCUUGAAUAGUACAGACGCAGGGGCCACCAACAACUUUGCAACAAUACGGACAACAUCUAUAGUAACGCGCCAGAUGAAGGAGCACGAGCAGGAGAACCAGAUGCACGAACAAAUGUCGGGCUACAAGAGGAUGCGGCGCCAACACCAAAAGGCACUAGAGCAGAUGGAAGCAAAAUGUAUACAAGAAAUGGAUGAUCACAAGCAGAAGCUAGACAAAGAAUAUGAAACUUUGUUACAACAGUUUAGUAAAGAGCUAGAAAAAUUACAAAUGAAGCAUCAACAGGAUCUGGAGAAAAAGCUGAAGCAUAACCUUGCUGGGGAGAAGAGGCUGACACGCACAAUAUCGCAGCAGCAAGAAGAAGAGACCAAGCGGUUCCAGCAGCAGCAAAAGGUUGAGUAUAAGUACCUCAAGGAGAAGCUCAAGAAAGAGCUGAGCGAUGACGGUAGCGGCGGUGGGGAUGCCGCCCUGCGGGGCCACAAAGCGCAGCUGCAGCAGCGGCAGGCGGAUGCCCUGGCCCGGCUGCAGCGGCACCAGGCGGACUACCUGCGGCUGGAGGUGCGUAAGUACCGGCGCCGGCGCCUGCUGCAGUACCACCGGCUUGAGCAGGAACUGCUCCGCGAGGAGCUGGCCAAGCGGCAGAGUCAACUGGAGGAAGCGCACUCCAUGCUCUUGCGGCACCACGAGACCACACAGGAGCUGGAGUACAGGCAGCAGCGGGGCGUCCACCAGCUGCGUGAGGAGCAGGUGCGCAAACAGCACCAGACAGAGCUGGCCAACCAACAUGAGUACUGCUCGCGGAGGGAGCGGGAGCUGCACAAGCGGCACGCACAGGCCGUCAAGCAGCAGCCCAAGAGCCUCAAGCACAAGGAGCUACAGAUCCGCAAGCAGUUCCGCGAGACGUGCAAGAUCCAGACGCGCCAGUACAAGGCGUGGAAGAGCCAGGUGCUGGCCUCGACGCCGAGGGACGACCAGAAGGCGGUCAUCAAGAAGCUUAAGGAGGAGCAGAUUCGCAAGCUGGCCAUCCUGGGCGAGCAGUACGAGCAGAGCAUUGCCGAGAUGCUCCAAAAGCAGUCGAUCCGGUUGGACGAAUCUCAGGACACAGAAGUGCGCCAGCUUAAGGAGCAGUUGCAGCAGGAGUUGGAGCUUCUCAUGGCCUUCCAGUCCAAGAUCCGCAUGCAGGCUGAGGCCCAACGCAACCGGGAGCGCCACGAACUGCAGGAGCGUGUGUCCGUGCGCAGGGCCUUGCUGGAGCAGAAGAUGGAGCUAGAGAAGCAGCAGUUCCAAGAAGAGAAAGCUGAGCGGCAACGACUGCUAUGCGAGCGGCAGUCGCGUGAGAUAGAGGCCUUCGAUGAGGAGAGCGCCCACAUGGGCUUCAAUCCGGUUGAGAUAGCAGAGGCCUCGCGGGAGUCCCUAGGUUCGUCGGACGCAGACAGCCUGGCUGGCAGCACCCUCAGCCUAGCCCACAGCAACAGUGCCAGCUCCUUCACCCACACGGCCCUCUGAGGCAACACCCUUCCCUCUUCCGUUUCCUCCUCUCCUUGUCACACACUGCGAUAGUCAGUCACGGUAGUCUGCCACGUACACGGGCCAGUGCGAAUGCAUAUUGAAUCUGGGUGAUUGUCGAGCCAUGCUGAUGUGUAUGGCACGGAGGUGGUGUGGUGUCGCAUGCGCUAGCCCAGCUGUCACGGUUUGGAUGUGCUAACUCCAUGCUGCUGUGAUGGGCGGGAGAAUGGUUUCCGACGCCAGCAUACUCGAUCCUCGAAGGCUGUAUCUUAUUGUGCUCUUAGGGCUAGCUUGGAGGUGCGGUAUCAACAUGAUCGGCAAAUUGUGGUCGGUGGAUAAUUGUGGUAGUGUAGAGUAGAAUGGAAGGAAUCGUUACAGAAUUGUUUCCCCUGCUUGCUCAAUCAUUCAUUUAUACCUAAAGAAGUUGUAAUUGAGGUACUGCAGUAGGCUAUUUGAGAGACUGUAGAUUAGUUUAAAGGAUGCAGCAUGAGACGAAAGGCCUGCUCUUGAGGUUGUUUAAACCAUAAUGGCUGUAUGUAAUGUAAAAAAAAAAAAAACUCUCUCUUAGUGCCAAAAUGCUGCUGCACUGGGCGCCGGAGAACAGUGACGAAUGAAAUGAAGUUGUAAUUUUAGCCAUUUGGCAUUGCUUCUCAUGGGAAUAUUCGUACUAUCGGGCAUGUUUGUCCAUGCUGUGUAGUGCCGGGCACAGUCUUGUGUGUGUGUGUGUUUGUGUGUGUGUGUGUGUAGGCAACUGGGCACAGCCUCAUUCAAUGCAUUUUGUCGAGCCAGUGGUGUCCGCUUGGGAGAAACUCUCCAGAGUUUGUUGCAGUGCUAGUAUCGCUAUGGUACAUGAUAGCGCGUCUUUCCUUCUCUCUCGUAUUUUAUUAGAUGAAGUCGAGUGGUAGUCCUGCGUGACAGUGAUAGUGGGAGAGGAUGUUUAGAUGUUCAAACUUGUGGCUGGUCAAUCCAAAUUUGAAGGCCCACAUUGUAGGUGCUAGUAGGGUGUUCCAGGUCAUACUAACACUUCUGCAGUGUCUCAAUUACAGGUUGAGCCCGUAUUGUACUGUUAUGAGGACAUUACAGAGAGCAAUACCUUAUUAAUGUUAUGUGAUAAUUGCUGCUAUAUGAGUGGAUGCCGUAAUUAGUUGAGGCAGUUUUUUUGUUGCGACUUCCUAUUUGCUGCGCUAGAGGCCACGAAGUUGCUUCAGACAACAUUCGUCUACUGUUCGUGGAUGACUGUUGCGCUUUAUAGUAAUGUAAUGUACGAAAUCGUGAUUAUUAUUUACAUUUAAAAGUAUAUUCAAUAUUUUUG